UGAGGAGUAGGGUAUAAAACAAGUGGUCACAGAGAUAACUUGAGUUUCUUCUGAGCUCCUGAAAAUACAGAGUCUCUUCAUCCUUUCAUAUCUUGAUAUUAUUUUGGCCAUGACACGUCUUAAGAGAAAAGAUUUAUCCAUGUGACUGUACAGCUGUUGUCCAGCUUUGAUUGCCGUGUAAUCAGCAGUGGUGACACAGGGUAACCCUUCUUUAGGUGCAGGGAUAGCUCAGUAGGUAGAGUGGUCGCCCCAUGAUUGGAAGUUCGGGGGUUCGAAUCCACUGAACGGCUACCCUGCGGUAACUCUAAGCAAGAUGGAAAUAUCUGUUAAGGAGCAGCUACUGCACAUUCUGGAGAAUCUGGGAGAGGUGGAGCUAAAGCAUUUCCACUGGUACCUUCAGAAUGCAACAAAAGGUGAUUUUCCAUCCAUCAAAAAGUGCCAUCUGGAGAACGCAGACAGACUGAAAACUGUAGAUUUAAUGGUGCAGACAUAUACUACUGACCAUGUCAUUGAAGUAGCAAGGACAACUUUAAAGAACAUGAAUAAAGGAAAUUCCUCAGCCCAGGCAUAUUUAUCACUUUCAUCACAAGAAGUUCUUCAAAAAUGUCAGCCCAAACUGAAGGCUAGGCUAAAGGAGAAAUUCCAGUCUGUAUUUGAGGGGAUCGCUAAAGCAGGAAACCCAACCCUUCUGAGUCAGAUCUACACAGAGCUCUACAUCACAGAGGGGGGGACUGCAGAAGUCAAUGAUGAACAUGAGGUCAGACAGAUUGAAACGGCAUCCAGGAAACCAGACAGACCAGAAACAACAAUCAGACAAGAAGACAUAUUUAAAGCAUCACCUGGAAGAGAUAAACCAAUCAGAACAGUGCUGACAAUGGGAGUGUCUGGCAUUGGAAAAACUGUUUUAACACAGAAAUUCACUCUAGACUGGGCUGAAGACAAAGUCAACCAAGAUAUCCACUUCAUGUUUCCUUUCACAUUCAGAGAGCUGAAUUUGCUGAAAAAGAAAAAGUUCAGCUUGGUGGAACUUGUUCAUCACUUCUUUACUGAAACCAAAGAAGCAGGAAUCUUUGAUGACUUCCAGGUUGUGUUCAUCUUUGAUGGGCUGGAUGAGUGUCGACUUCCUCUGAACUUUCAAAAAACUGAGACUGUGACUGAUGUCACACAGUCCGCCUCAGUGGAUGUGCUCCUGACAAACCUCAUCAGAGGGAUCCUGCUUCCCUCUGCUCAUGUCUGGAUAACCACAAGACCUGCAGCAGCCUAUCAGAUCCCUUCUAAUUGUGUUGAAAGGGUGACAGAGGUCCGAGGGUUCACUGACACACAGAAGGAGGAGUACUUCAGGAAGAGAUUCACUGAUGAGGAGCAGACCAGCAGGAUCAUUUCCCACAUCAAGACAUCACGAAGUCUCUACAUCAUGUGCCACAUCCCAGUGUUCUGCUGGAUCACUGCUACAGUUCUGGAGGACAUGCUGAAAACCAGGGAGGGAGGACAGAUUCCUGUGACCCUGACUGAGAUGUACAUCCACUUCCUGGUGGUCCAAGCAAAAGUGAAGAAUGUCAAAUAUGAUGGAGGAGCUGAUAUGGAUCCACACUGGAGUCCAGAGAGCAGGACGAUGGUUGAGUUACUGGGAAAACUGGCUUUUGAGCAGCUACAGAAAAGUGACCUGAUCUUCUAUGAGUCAGACCUGGCAGAAUGUGACACUGAUAUCAGAGCAGCCUCAGUGUGCUCAGGAGUGUUCACACAGAUCUUUAAAGAGGAAAGAGGACUGUACCAGGACAAGGUGUUCUGCUUUGUCCAUCUGAGCAUUCAGGAGUUUCUGGCUGCUCUUCAUGUCCAUCUAACCUUUAUCAGCUCUUGUGUCAACCUGCUGGAAGAACAAAAAGCAACCUCAAAAUGGUCUAGAUUGUCACUAGGGAAAAAGAAUUUAAAAUAUCUCCACCAGAGUGCUGUGAACAAGGCCUUACAGAGUCCAAAUGGACACCUGGACUUAUUCCUCCGUUUCCUCGUGGGUCUUUCACUGCAGACUAAUCAGCGUCUGCUACAAGGCCUGUGGACACAGAAACGAAGUAGCUCACAGACCAAUCAGGAAACAGUACAGUAUAUCAAGAAGAAAAUUAGAAAGGAUCUGUCUGCUGAGAAAAGCAUCAAUCUGUUCCACUGUCUGAAUGAACUGAAUGAUUGUUCUCUAGUAGAGGAGAUCCAACAGUCCCUGAGUUCAGGAAGUCUCUCUACAGAUAAACUUUCUCCUGCUCAGUGGUCAGCUCUGGUCUUCAUCUUACUGUCAUCAGAAGAAGAUGUGGAUGUGUUUGACCUAAAGAAAUAUUCUGCUUCAGAAGAGGCUCUUUUGAGACUGCUGCCAGUGGUCAAAACCUCCAAAAAAGCUUUACUGAGUGGCUGUAACCUCUCAGAGAGAAGCUGUGAAGCUCUGUCCUCAGUUUUCAGUUCAAAGUCCUCCAGUCUGAGAGAGUUGGAUCUGAGUAACAAUGACCUACAGGAUUCAGGAGUAAAGCUUCUAUCUGCUGGAGUGAAUAGUCCAAACUGGAAACUGGAAACUCUCAGACUAAGUGGAUGUAACAUCUCAGAAAGAAGCUGUGAAGCUCUGUCCUCAUUUCUCAGUUCACAGCUGUCUAGUCUGAGAGAGGUUGACUUGAGUAAUAACAGCCUGCAAGAUUCAGGAAUGAAAAUUCUGUGUGCUGAAAGUCAGUACUGGAAACUGGAAACUCUCAGACUAAGGGUCUGUAACAUAUCAGAAGGAAGCUGUGAAGUUCUGUCCUCAGUUCUCAGCUCGCAGUCCUCUAAUCUGAGAGAGUUGGACGUGAGUUAUAACAGCCUGCAAGAUUCAGGAAUGAGGGUGCUGUCUGUUGGAAUGAUUUCCCCACAUUGUAAAGUGGUAACUCUCAGACUAAGCGGCUGUAACCUUUCAGAGAGAAGCUGUGAAACUGUGUCCUCAAUUCUCAGCUCAGUACAUUCUAAUCUGAGAGAGCUAGACCUGAGUAACAACAACUUGCAGGAUUCAGGUGUAAAGCUUCUCUCUAUUGGAAUGAAAUGCCCACAGUGUAAAGUGGAAACUUUCAGUUUGAGUGGCUGUAACCUCUCACUGAGGUGCUGUGAAGCUCUGUCUGAAGUUCUCAGCUCACAGUCCUCUAGUCUGACAGAGCUGGACCUGAGUAAUAACAAUCUGCGGGACUCCGGAGUAACGCUUAUGUGUGCUGAAGUGGAGAGUCCACACUGGAAACUGGAAACUUUGAGACUGAGCAUCUGCAACCUGUCAGAGAAAAGCUGUGAAGCUCUGUCUUCACUUCUCAGCUCAGAGGCCCCUCGCCUGAGAGAGCUUGACUUGAGUAACAAUAACCUGCAGGAUUCAGGAGUAAAGCUAUUGUUUGUUGGAUUGCAGAGUCCACAUUGUACACUGGAAAUUAUUAGUCUGUCAGGUUGUUUGAUCACAGGGGAAGGCGGUAUUUCUCUGGUUUCAGCUCUCAGCUCCAACUCCUCCACUCUGAGAGAAGUGGAUGUGAGCCACAAUCAUCCAGGUGACUUGGGAAUUCUUUCAGAUGGACAAAAAGAUCUGGACACUCUCAGUGUCAUCGUCCAGGUGAGUGCUGGGUUUUCCUGCGUGCCAGUAAAUCCAUCACUGGGCAGAGUCACCACACCCCUAGUUUAUGGCACCUGUGUGUAAUUAGCUGGCAGGCUCUUAAGACCAGCGUUCUCAAACAUUCUUUGCCGGAAUGUCAGCUAACCCACCUUCUCAGAGGAUUGGAUCUUGUUGUCAGCAAACUCUCUUCUUCCCGUCGCUGGCUUGUUUUCUAUUCUCGGCGCUACUCACCUGCCUGCCUCCCUGCCCAACACUUCACAGUGAGAGUAGACAAACUGGUUUAGCCUCACCCGGACCUCUAUACCCCUCCAAGCCUCACCUUCUACCCAGACAAUGACUCAGAGAGAAACGCUGUAAUCCUGUACCUUGUGUGCCUGCUCCGGAAAAUACUGUGCUAGGCUGUUUUUUUCCCAGCCACCUAAAGAGACUAUUGCCUUUGGACUUUGCUGCGGCACACGCGGUGUGAUUCUUGUUUUUUUGUUUCGACAAUUAUUGUGGAGAUUGUUCUAGCCAAGCCUCGUGUUUCAUAGCUUUGUUUAAAUUCACAGCAUCCCUAGUAAUAGUUUGUCUUCUAGUUCUUGCCAGUCACAGUGUGUAUUUCGUUAUAGAUUCUUAGUACCUUAACAUGAAGCUUUGCAUUAGUUUAGUAGGUAGUUUAUAUUCAGAGGUCACGUGUUUUCCCUCUCGCCCUUAGUUCACGUGUAGUGUUUUGUUUCAUUCACCUCUUUCAUUGCGUGCCAGUUUUGAGUGCCAAAUAAAUUGUUCGUUUGCACUAUACCUCCGAGCCUCCGUGUGGUGUCUGCAUUUUGGUCCACUUACCUGUGCUUGGCUGCCCAGUCAUGACAUUUAGUUCAUUUUUAAACUUCUUUAAAAUUAAUAAAUUUAUUAUUAAUAGUCUCCCUAUAGGAGAUUUUUAAAACAAUUAACUGUUUAAUCAAAACCAUUUAUGAUGCAUUCUGAACCCUACAAAGCAUUUUUACAGCAUACCUCCUAGCAUGGCUGACCAAAAAUACGUGGCAGCUUUACAUGUGGCAUACCUGCUGCUUCUAUACAGGUUGGGCCAUUUAUAUGGAUACACCUUAAUAAAAUGGGAAUGG